AAAUGACGUGACGUUCAAGCCUAUGGCAAAUCCGUUGGUUUAGCCCAACAAAGAUGGCGUCGGUUUCCAAAGGGUACGAAAAUAUGCUCAAGUGAAUAAAUACGAAUGAGCUACACAGUGGUGAAGAAAAUGCUCUUUGGUCAGUCAGCCAACAUGGCGACCACGUAAAGUGAAAGGAUUGUUUGCAGUGCCAACAAAAUGAGGGUUCCCCGUUGCUGUAUGGGGCUCCGGCGAAGCUGUCUGGUUUGGCCAAUCUUGCUGAUCCUCCUAGUUGGUGCAGCCUUGACAGCUCUGCUGCCCCCUGCAGAAGACCAAGGAGGCCUUGAUGUCCUGGGAGUGCUGCGCCGGGCAACAUCACAAAAGGAGAGUCAAGCGCAGGGCCACCGUGUUGACAGCACAGAGGAGGAGCAUAAAUUUACCAUCAUCAUCCAAACAUACAAUCGCACAGACAUUCUGCUGAAACUACUUAACCAUUACCAGGCAGUGCCUCAUCUUCAGCGGAUUAUCAUAGUCUGGAACAACAUUGAGGAGCAGACACCCCUAAAGUUAUGGAACUCCUUGGGGCCUCAUCCGGUCCCUGUGGUCUUCAAGGAGCAGACUAACAAUCGAAUGCGCAACAGACUACAACCUUUCCCUGAGAUUGACACUGAUGCUGUGUUGAUGCUGGAUGAUGACACGCUGGUCAGUGUUCCUGACAUCAGUUUUGCUUUCUCAGUCUGGAAGCAAUUUCCAGACCAGAUUGUUGGCUUUGUACCCCGCAAACAUGUCUCAACGCCAGGAGGAGUGUACAGUUAUGGCAGCUUCGAGCUGCAGGAUCCAGAAACAGCGGGAGGUGACAAAUACUCCAUGGUGUUAAUUGGUGCUGCCUUUUUCCACCACCGCUACCUGCAGCUCUUCCAGGACCAACCUCAAGCAGUACAUGCACUGGUGGACGAAACACAGAAUUGUGAUGAUAUCGCCAUGAACUUCGCUGUAGCACAGUAUUUGCGGAAACAUUUCAAGUCUAUCAGCAGCAUUAACAAACCCUCUGGGGUCUUUGUCAAACCUGUGGACCUUCGCAACCUGGAAAAGGAUGCCAGCAGUGGGUACCAAGGUAUGUGGCAUCGCCCUGAACACCUUCUUCAGAGGUCCUACUGUCUGAACAGGCUGACACAGAUUUAUGGCUUCAUGCCACUCUGUUUCUCCAACCUGAUGGUCUCCCAGUUUGGCUUCCCUAGCUAUGCCAAUCACAAGAGUAGAGGCUGAGGAAGUGACUGUUUUGGAGUGCAAUAAGACAAACUCAAGUCGCAGCCUGGUAAGUCCUUGUUUGGUUAAUAAUACAUCACUUUCCUGAGCCCAGGCUCUGGUUAGUCUGACGAUAUGACCAUAUUUGAUAAAGGUAAUCUAUACUGUUGCCAAAUCUGCCUUUCCUUCAGCUUGUGCAAUUCUCUCAGUGGAUUGUAGUGCAGUUACUUAAUACACAGCAGCAGGUGUUGGCCUUAGAUCUGCUUUGCCCGUUUGCCUUGUUGGAACUGUGAUUUACAGGAAUUGUGCUUUUGGUUUUACUACAUUUAUUAUUUUUAUGCAAUAUGACAUUUUUCUGUUGAGCUUGUGUACAGUUCCUUACAAAUUUAUAAUGAAUAUUAGAAGGUUUUUGGCCAAGAAAAAAAAAACUCCCCACCAAAGAAAGAGGAAAAUAGACUUAUUGCAAGUUUUAUAUACAUUUAAACCUAAUCAGUAUGUACAGUACUAUGCAUGCAUGGACAAUCAUUUAUUGAAAUGUGUGCACAUUAUCAAACUUGAAGGACUGUUAAAUAAAGCCAACACUAUUUCUCUGAACAGAA